AUGACCUUGAGAAGAGUAUUGAGUCCACUGCUUCUUAUUUUAAUAAUCAAUUUUUGUUAUCCUACUCAAGCAAUUGAUCAAGAUGAUUUACUUGUGGUGGCGGUGGCUUCAAGUGAAAAUGAUGGCUAUAAUCGUUUUAUUCGAUCAUUAAAAGUUUAUGGUUACAAAUACGAGAUUUAUGGUCUCGGUCAAGAAUCGACCAAUGCUGAACAGCGAAUGAAGAUUUUUCGAGACAACCUAGUCCGUUAUAAAGAUGAUAAAAAAAAAAUUAUUCUCUAUACGGAUGCUUACAAUGUCAUAUUUACUCAAGGACCAGUAUUCGUACUAAGCAAAUUCGAAGAAUUGAAACCAGCUCGAAUUGUUUUUGGUGCCGAAGAAAAAUGUUGGCCUGAUGAAAAUUUACAAUAUGAUUAUCCAAUGGUUGGAAGUAAUGAAAAACGCUAUUUAAAUUCUGCCGGUUUUAUGGGUUAUGCUAGGGACAUUUAUGAAAUGAUAACAAGUCAAGAUGAUAUUAACGAUGAACAAAUAUUUUUUACAAAAGUUUUUCUUGAUGAAUCUAGUCGAAAUAAAUGGUCCAUUGUACUUGACAAGCGUGCUGAUAUUUUUAUGAAUUUAAAUGGAGCUAUUGAUGAACUUCAAUUACCAGCAAAUGGAGAUGAUGUUUAUGUACACAAUUCAUGGACUGAUUCAAUACCAACGGUUAUUCAAGGCAAUGGUUCUGCUCAAAAAAGUUUGAACUAUUUAAGUAACUAUAUUGCUCGUACUUGGUCAACAAACGAGGGAUGUUUACAAUGUAAAGAGAGUUUAUUCGAUGUUACACAAAUUGAUGAUCUCAUGCAAUGGCCUAUGGUUUAUAUUGGUUUAUUUAUUGAAUUUCCAACACCAUUUCUCCGUGAAUAUUUUGAAAAAAUCAUGAAAUUGACGUAUCCAAAACAACGUUUGAGUAUUUUGAUUCAUAAUCAAGUUGAGUACCAUAAAAAUAUUACGGAGCAAUAUUUGAAAAAAUUCAGCGAAGAUGAAUAUAAAUUCGUCAAAUAUUUGAAUGUCGGCGAUGAUGUAACCGAAGCUGAAGCACGACAACAAGCAAUUCAUGAAUGUCAAGAAGACAAAUGUGAUUAUUUAUUUAUUCUCGAUUCAAUCGCUCAUAUUGAUCAUCCAGAUACAUUAAUUAAAUUAAUAGCAGCUAAUCGAACUGUUGUUGCACCAAUGCUUUUACGACCGGGGCAAACUUGGAGUAAUUUUUGGGGAGAUUAUUCAGAUGCUGGAUUUUAUCAACGAUCACCUGAUUAUAUGGAUUUUAUUAAUUACAAAAAAAUGGGUCUUUUCAAUGUUCCACAUAUUGCUCAUUCGUAUUUAAUUAAUGGGUCGUUUCUUCAACGUUUUACACCGACAUAUGUCGAUACACAAAUAGAUCCCGAUGUCAAACUUUGUCAAUCAUUACGAGAUGCUGGAUAUUUUAUGUACAUAACGAAUGAACUGAAUUAUGGACAUUUGAUCGAUACAGACAAUUUUAAUAUAUCAUUAAUUCAACCUGAGUUGUAUGAAAUAUUUAAUAAUGUUAAAGAUUGGAAAGCUCGGUAUCUUCAUCCAGAUUAUCAUAAAGCUCUCGAAAAAGAUGCAAUAAUUGAACAACCAUGUCCGGAUGUUUAUUGGUUUCCAUUUUUGUCACACGAAUUUACAGAACAUUUCAUUAAUCUGAUGGAAACAUUCAAUCAAUGGUCGGGAGCAACGCAUAAUGAUGCUCGAUUAUCUGGUGGCUAUGAAAAUGUUCCAACAGAUGAUAUUCAUAUGACACAAGUUGGUCUGCAAGAACAUUGGUUAUUUAUUCUUCGAGAUAUCGUUCAACCAAUACAACAAAAAGUUUUUACUGGUUACUACAGUGAUCCACCAAAAGCUGUAUUGAAUUUCAUUGUUCGUUAUAUGCCUGACCGUCAAAAUAAACUACGAGCUCAUCAUGAUGCAUCAACAUAUACAAUUAAUCUUGCAUUGAAUGAUGCCGGAAAAGAUUUUGAAGGCGGAGGCUGUCGAUUUGUUCGAUAUAAUUGUUCGGUAACAUCAACACGUCGUGGUUGGGCAUUAAUGCAACCAGGUCGUUUAACGCAUUUACACGAAGGUUUACCAGUCACGAAAGGAAUAAGAUAUAUUAUGGUUUCAUUUGUUGAUCCAUAA